AUCAGCAACAAGAGCAGAACAAGUGACACCAUGCCUCUUGAACAAAAAGCACCAUCAUCAACAACAACACAGCACCCGCAAAUAAGAGAUAACGGAUCGAUUUGUGGGAUAUUCAAAAGACCGCGGAACGGCUAGGAUGGAUAAAUUGGCUCCGGCAGCGCUCGCGGUGCUGUGUUUGGCGUGCUCCGCCAGCGCCCAGGUGGACGGCGAAAACUACCGUCUGCCGAACAACAGCUACCCGGUGCGGUACGACCUCGAGUUGACCACGUACGUUCACGAGGACGGCAGCGCGCGGCAGUUCCAAUUCGAUGGUAAAGUGAAGAUCGAGCUUGUCGUGAAGGACGAAGGCAACAGCAGUAUCACCGUGCAUUAUCGUAAAACCACCAUCACGCACGUCAAACUUUGGUCCCGGCUCGCGAACGGCACGGAUCAUGUGCUCCUGGAUGACAAUUCUAGCUUCACACUAGAUCCAACUCGCGAGUUUGUAACAGUGACGCCGCCAGAAGUGAUCCUCAAUGGAACUUACUUUUUGGAGCUUGAAUACAACGGCGAACUACGGGAGGACAACGCCGGAUUCUAUCGAUCGUCCUAUGUGGAUGACGAAGGCAAAACCCGGUGGCUUGCCACGACGCAAUUCUCCUCGACGGAUGCCCGCCAUGCGUUUCCCUGCUACGAUGAGCCGGGGAUUCGAGCCCCGAUCGGUUUGACGGUUAUUCACGGAUCAAAUUACACGGUGCUGUCGAACAAUCUGCCACUGGAUAUUUACGAAGGGCCGAUAGCCGGUUAUUCGCGCACCGUGUUCGAAGAUACGCCAGUCAUGCAACCCUAUCUGCUCGGAGUAAUUGUGAGCGAUUUUGUGUCGGUAUCGUCCGUGCAGUAUCCCCGGCAGGGUGUCUUCGCACGAUACAAUGCCAUCCGAAACGGGGAAGGUAACUUCAUCCUCGAGGCCGGAUAUAAGAUCCUUAAGGUGCUGGAGAGCCACCUGGAGACGGACUUUGCCCUGCCGAAGAUUUACCAGGUGGCUGUGCCGGACUUUGCCGCCGGGGCGAUGGAAAAUUAUGGACUGGUAACAUAUAAGGAAGAGAAAUUCUUCUACGAUAGUCGAUCAUCUCCUCUAAGGCAGAAGCACGAGAUUGUCACUGUGGUUGGGCAUGAGUACGGACACCAGUUUUUCGGAAAUAUGGUCUCUCCGGCUUGGUGGAGCUACCUCUGGAUGAAGGAGGGAUUUGCGCGUUACUUCGAAUACUUUGCAUCGGACUUGGCCUUUCCGGAGUUUCGCAUUCGCGAAACGUAUUCCGUUCAAAAAAUGCAAAACGCAUUUGAUUUGGAUUCGCUGGGAUCGUCGCGACCCAUGACGUUCUACGUCAAUACGCAAUCGGAGAUCGCAAACGUGUUCGACAACAUUGCUUACGAUAAAGGGGGCUCUAUCAUGCGAAUGUUCCAACACGCGUUUGGGGCGGAAACUUUCCGUCGGGCGUUGAUCAACUACUUACACACCAAUGCCUUCCAGGCUGCUCACCCGGAAGACUUCGCUGAGGCCAUCCAGCUGGCUCUGGACAAUGCCACAGAUGUAGUCCUCCCACCAUCCAUAACGGCGCUGGAUAUUCUCAAGUCGUGGACCGAACAAAGUGGAUAUCCCGUUCUGACCGUUUCCAGGGGUACGGAUCUACGGGUGUCUCUGAUCCAGGAACGCUACAUGCUCAAAAUCAUGGACACAAAAGAGUCGUCCUGGAUAAUCCCGUACAACUUUGCAACUGCCAAAAACCCUGAUUUUAACGUGACCUCCGACACAAGAUGGCUGCUCACCAACAGUACAAUCCUGGCAGCUGAAGGGUGGUCUGCAACAGAUUGGAUAAUCUUCAACAAGCAACAAACUGGCUAUUAUCGUGUGAAUUAUGAUGAGCGACUGUGGAAUCUGAUCAUCGAGCAGCUGGUGAGGAGUCCGGAAACCAUAAACAACAUUAACAGGGCACAGCUGGUGGACGAUGUUCUCAACUUUGCUCGUUCUGGGCGAUUGGGCUACGACACUGCUCUCCGAUUGAUUGCAUAUCUCUCGCGGGAAACUGAUUAUGUCCCUUGGUAUGCUGCCAACGCCAAUCUUCUGCUAUUGACCAGGUUGUUCUCGGGAUCUCCGAAGAUAGAAUAUCUCAAACAAUAUUUAUUGAGUGCAAUCAACCCAGUUUUCUCGCAACUAGGCCUGGCAACGCAAACCAGCGAUGAUCUUUUCGCCAGACAGACCAGAGAAAUCGUUUCAAAAUGGGCCUGUGCAAUGGGAUCCCAGAAUUGCUUGCGCAGGGCAUCGGAACUCUUGUUGGAGUCAGUUGGCCCCAGCAAUUUGCAAGUUGAUCCAGACCUAAGGAACACGAUCUACUGUGCGGGGUUGGUGAACGCCAGCGAAGAAGUAUUCCUGGCAGUUUGGAACAGAAUGCAGACGUCUACAGAUCAGGCUUUUCGGACGGACCUGAUCUACGCUCUUGGGUGCACGGAGAACAUCGAACUCAUGGAGAUGUUUUUGAAUACGUCAAUUGCCGACGAAUCGAGUGGCGUGAACUACUUCGGACAGGAGCGAGAACGAGUUUUCGGUUCAGUUUAUCGGAACAGUAUUAAGGGCACGAACAUUGCACUCCAAUUUUUCAAGAGUAACAUAAUGAAGAUUAAUGAGCUAUACAACAAAGGCAACUUCGGUGGUCGGGCUAUAGGAUCUGCAGUUACCGGUUUGUCUAAGUACAUCGUCGACGUGGAGUUGAAUACACUGUUCCAAGAUUUGAUCGAAACACUAUCCGAAGCCAAUCUACUACGCGAUACCGACAUUCUUCGAGCGUUGGAGCAAUCCAGCGAGAACCUGCAGUGGAUUAGCACCAGGGGCAAGGACAUCGAAGAUUGGUUGGAAAUACGUUAUCCAACAUCAACCGAAGCUCCUUCUACGACGACGACGACAACUGCAACAACAACUACGGAAGAAUCUUCUACUACGACCACGAGUGCUUCCACGUUCAGUACGAUCAAUGCAACCAGUAGUGCAGUGACAACAGCAGUAACAACCGAUGAAACGGUUACUUCUUCCCCUACAACGACUGCUACGGAGGAAUCCACUACAACGACACUCAUGCUCAGCACGGUCUUUGUGGAGAGCACUACAGCUGAGCCAUUUAUACAAACAACACCUGAUCCAAAUGCUGGGGGAGUAGCUCACAGUUUAAAAGUCACGAUAUCUUUGCUAAUGGCUUCUGUAGUGUUUAGUUUUAUGUGAAAGUUGUGUCGUGAUGGAAUGUUAAUGAAAAAUGAUGAAUGUAAAGUUGACUUAUAUUCGAAUUACUUAAUAAAGUAUUGAUGGUUCUGAGAGAAA